CACUGCGAGGGAAUCGGGAGGAAAGGGAGGGGAGGGGCGCACGCAGUGAAAAGAGCGAAUGGUGGCCACUUCCUGCUGAGGCUCGCGUGAGACGCAGGCGCUGUCCGUGGUGCUGCUGGCGAGAGCGGGUCAUUUCGGUCGAAAAAAUGUUGUGUGUGUGCGUGCGUGAGUGCAUGUGUGUCUUUUCUCUGCCACACAGAGCAUCUCCAUGGUAUUCAGUCACUCUGUAUCUCUGGGUUUGGCUGGCAGAGGAGCUCAACACUCCCUCAUAUACAGACACACAGGCUGAUGCUCAAUCCUCUUCAUCAAUGUGUAUGGUCAUAUUUGCUCCGCUUUGUGCUGUUUUAGCAUUCGCAACAUGUGGGGGAUAUUCAGGCCAGAUAAUGGUUAAAGUCGAAUGUUUGGACAAAACCCAAAACAACAUCAGCAUCAGUUUCAACUACCCAUUCAGACUACAGCAGGUGCAUUUUAAUGCUCCUCUAUGCGAAGGCACAAGAAAAGAGACUGUCUUUCUCGAAGGGGAUUAUUCUUCAUCCGCACAGUACUUUGUUACCGUGUCGGUCCUGGCUUUUCUCUAUUCUCUUUUGGCCACAAUAGUUUACAUCUUCUACCAGAACAAAUACAGAGAGAAGAACAGAGGCCCAGUAGCUGACUUCCUGGUGACUUUAGCGUUCUCUAGCAUGUGGCUGGUUAGCUCAAUCACCUGGGCGAAAACUCUGUCUAGUGUGAAGGCGGCCACUGAUGUGAAUCAGAUUCUGCUGUUGAUGUCUGCAUGCAGAGCCCAGGCGAACCUGUGUGAGGUCUUACAGGAGCCAGUUUGGACAAAUCUUAACAUGUCUGCGGCCUUUGGUUUUUUGAACUUCUUCCUUUGGGCGGGUAAUAUUUGGUUUGCCUACAAAGAGACAGGCUUGCACAAGUCUACCCAGCGCUACCCAUCCAGGACUCCCUCGGAGAAACGAGGCAGCUUCAGGCAGUACAGUCAAACCAGUUUUGAUCAAUCUGGGACUGGCUUUGGCCAAAGGCUCUACAACCAGGGGAGUUUUGACUUACCUGGAGGUUUCAGCUUACCCCAAACCAAUCUAGGACAGCCGAUGUUAUACCGACAGGUGGGAAGUCCUACGUCCAGAGGCCCUCUUAUAUUUGUUAAUGAGAUGUGAGAGGAGGGAAGGGAAAGAGAAAGAGAGAGAGAGAGAGAGCGAGAGAGAGAGAGAAGAAAUGUCUUCUCAGUAAUAACAGACCAUUUGUGAUUGUGAAUUUGAUAUAUAAUGUGAUGUAGAAUUUUUUGCAGAUAGAAGUUGGUAUAAUGUUAUUUAUUUGUUAAUAAUGAAGUCCUAUUAACGUGAAUAAUCUACCCACAUACAGUACAUAGCAUCUUUUAACCUGAUCUCACGGGAAUUCGUAACUAUUUUACGAGGUAGCUAAUUCGUAUGAUUGUGAUUGUGUUGCAUCUUUUGUAUCUAUUAUCAAUCUAAAUAUGCAUACAAGAAAUGAAUGAUUAUUGUCUCAAAUCUCGAUUGUGUUUUCCCAGUGAUAACUCUGCAGUUUGAAUGUGAUUUUAGCAUAGCAUGUCUACAUUCUGACAGUUUAAACUUUAUGUUUUAAUUAGGGCUUUCAAACGAUUAAUCGCGAUUAAUCGCACCCAGAAUAAAAGUUUGUGUUUACAUAAUACAUGUCUGUGUAGUGUGCAUAUUAAUUUUGUAUUUUUAUACACUUACACAUACAUGUAUAUAUUUAAGAAAAAUAUAAAGUGUAAAACUGAAUCAACAUUUAUAUAUUCUUUAAAUUAUUGGUAAAUAUAAAUAAAUACAUGUAAAUAUUUCCUAAAUAUGUACAAUAUGUAUACUGUAUGUGUUUAUAAAUACAAAAUAAAUAUGCACAGUACACAGACAUAUAUUAUGAAAACACAAACUUGGAGGCAAUUAAUCGCGAUUAAUCAUUUGACAGCCUUAGUUUUAAUAUUAUUUUACAGUAAGUACUGUGGUAAUAUCAUAGUACUUUAAUAUAUUAAUAUAUUAACAUAUUCAUUUAGCAUUAGUGGUAUUACUAUCAUGGUAGUGUCUAUACUACUGCUUUGUUGCUUCUGCUUUGUUUUUAUUUUUAAAAUGUUAAAGAAACCAGUCCAAGGCAAGAAGUUUUUAUGUUCUGUUAUGAAUAACGAUGAAUACCAGUAGAUAUUUGAGUCAGAGAAUUAAAUUGGCACAGUAGCCUAAGGGUGAUGUCUGUCAGAGAUGUUUUUAAUGAAGCAUAUUGUCUAACUGCACAGUGGUUAGUAUCAGCAAAUGCACACAUAAGCAUGCAAGUGUCUUAUCACAUGAAAUCCAAUGCAAUAAAGUCUGACUGUUCCAAUUAUUGUAAAAUUAAAAAAUGUAGAAAUAUGUAAACUGAUUGGAAAUUAGGUAAUAAAAUGAUGCUU